AUGUAUCAAGCUCCUCGUGGAGUAACUUUUCCUGCAAUUAGUCAGAAUGAUAAUAAUCCUCUUUCUCGUGUUUUUCUUACAGCUGCUGAAUUAUCAAAUGAGUGGAAAUAUGAAAAAUUAAGAGGAAGUUGGUUAGGUGGAGAAUUCGGUCAUUCAAAAUCAUUACUUGAUAUUUACAGUAGAUUUUUUUCAAAAAAUCAAGCAACAGCUAUUACACAGAAGCCAAAAGUUUUAUAUCGACUACGUGUUGAAAAUCUACAAUUAAAUAAAUAUGCCAGAGAAGCAAUAGAAAGCCUACCAGCUGUAUACGAUGAAAUUUUAUAUGAUGACUUUUUACGAAACUGGGGUACACAUAUAAUACAACAAUCUCUUAUUGGUGGAAUGCAUGAACAACAAGUUCUUUUUAAAGAUUGUGUAUUUUCAUUUAAUGGUGCAAUUACAUCAGACAAUUUAAAUGAUUAUCUUAAAAAAGAUAUUCUUUCUGAAACACUUGGAAAUAAUUUUUAUGCUAAUCGUCGAAGAAUUUCUGUUGAUCAUUGGCUUGGUGGUGAUCCAACUGAGAAGAAUGAAACACGUUGGCAACAAACAUUAGUUGCUAAUCCUGCUUUAAAAAUCAUUCAAGCUCGCACUACAGCAGCAGAUAAAGUUCGAAUAGAUGAAGAAAGUGAAUUGGCUAAACAACGUAUUAAUGGAAGUUUUAUGGCUAGAGAAGGUUCAAUCGGUCUUGUAAAUAAUGGUAAAUGUGAAAUAAUACCUACAACAUUUGGUUCGGUAAAAGAUUGUUCAGAAGGAUGUCCAACUAAUACACAGAUAAGAAUCAAUUCUGAUUUUCUCGAUAAUCAACAACUUUGGUAUGUGAGAGAUGAAACAACAGGAUUGAUUCGAGCUCGAGCACGUAUAGAUGCACAAACAGUACUUGAAGGACCUAUAGUCAAUGCUGGAUGUUCAUCAAUUGAUACUGGAAGAGACCCGACUAGAUCUGCUCAUAUAUGUGUUUCAUGUGAUUUAGUUAAUAGUUUUUCUAAUCAAUGUGUAUGCGUUUGUCCAACAUAUCCACCAUCGACUGGAUCGUAA